UUCCGGUGUGUGAUGUAAUAGUUUGUGGAUUGGACUCUCCUAUUGUACUGAGUUCCAGAGGGGUGCUGUGGGUCAGUGGCUGGCUAGCGUGGCAGUCGUUGUUUGAGGUGUCCUAGCUUGUUUGUUACCGAUUAAGUUGUAACUUCGCAGAAGUGUCAAAAUGUCAAGCAAAAAGGCUAAGGGGAAGACCACCAAAAAGCGCCCCCAGCGGGCCACCUCAAAUGUGUUUGCCAUGUUUGACCAGUCACAGAUCCAGGAAUUCAAGGAAGCUUUCAACAUGAUCGAUCAGAAUCGCGAUGGCUUCAUAGAUAAAGAGGAUCUGCAUGAUAUGUUGGCCUCGUUAGGCAAGAACCCUACAGAUGAAUACCUCGAAGCAAUGAUGAAUGAAGCACCCGGUCCCAUAAAUUUCACAAUGUUCCUCACAAUGUUUGGUGAGAAACUUAAUGGAACAGAUCCUGAAGAUGUUAUCAAAAAUGCCUUCGCUUGUUUUGAUGAAGAAGGCACAGGUUUCAUUCAGGAGGACUACCUUAGAGAGCUUUUAACCACAAUGGGAGACAGGUUCACAGAUGAAGAAGUAGAUGAGCUGUUCAGAGAGGCCCCUAUUGACAAGAAAGGAAACUUCAACUAUGUGGAGUUCACACGCAUCCUGAAACACGGCGCUAAAGACAAAGAUGACUAGGGCAGGGCACUACUGAAACUAAUGAAAACUACACUGUAAUACAUACUUUGUUUUUAUCCUUUUUCCACCUUUAUGGGCUAGUGCAAGGCAAUACAUAAAUCAGCAGGGCAAGCUCAUUUGAUUUUACUUAUGGACUUCUCUUACACAGUCUGAUUAGACUUGUACAUAAUUACAGUACACACCAAGAUUGGUAAUCUGUGAUAAUUCUUAAAUUGAAUGAAUGCUGUUGUGUUAUUUAAACGUUGAUGAAUAAAUUCUGGAUCUAUGACUUAAA